AUGGUUGGGAACCCGCCAGAGGGCAUACCCCAAGAACUAUACUAUGGGAAUUUCCCAGAAGAAGUAAGGGAUUUGGUGCUGAACUAUAUACCUUUAGAGAGGAGGCCUAUGACACCUAGAGAGGGAAACCCGGAAGGAGUAAAUGAAAACCAGGAAGCUAGAUCAGACCCAUGGGUGAUAGAAUCAGACCCACAAGAAGAGUCGGAACCUCAACAGGAAGGCUCCGAACCCAUCGAAGAAGAAAAACUAGAAGAGGAAGAAGAAGAGCCUCAGGAUAUGGAGGAGGAGGAAUUAGUGCCCAUCGACAUAGAGGCUGAAGGAGAAGAAAAGCCAUUUGAGAUGUUUCCCGAGUUUGCAGAAGAAGAGAAUGAAUUGAAUGAGGAAUCUGACUACUAUGCCCCAACGAGAGAGAGAGGAUAG